CCAGCACUGAGUAAUCAUUGAGUCACUACACGUGACUUCACUUCUCGAACGUUCGGGCCGCCGUAGCCAGCGGCACCCCGGAUUGAUAUCAUCGCUUCGCUUUUAAGUAGCCCUCUUCCUCUUCCUCUCCUACUGACUGUCAUUGUUUUAUCCAUCAACACGACUGUCACAAUCAUGGCGUUUUUCCUACGGCGCCCGUUUGCCGUUCCGACGGCGCUUCGUCAAAUUUCCAAACCCGCUAACAGCGCUCGAUUCAUCCACAACACCCCGUUCAAGCCGGCUCAGCCGAAGCCCACCGGCCCCGUCUCAGCUUCCAUCUUCGCCAAAUCUCGUCAGACCUUUCAGAAUGCUUUCCGCCGGACGUACAUGCAGCCUUCCUCCUACAAUUACAGCACUCGCGGUGAACUCACGCAAAAGCUGGCCUACGGUGCCGCCAUCAUCGGAGGUACCUUCGUCGCGGCGAACUUUCUCUUCAACCGUGAGACGAGAGAGGAUGGCGGCAUGCCUGCAUACGAGCGUAGCUACCUGAACGAGACUUUCAUGCACACUGGACUUGGUAUUGGUAUUAUCGCUAUUGCUGCUCGGGCUAUGCACAUGAAUGGAUUCUCCUACCGCAUGAUGGCUAGCAGCCCUUGGAUGGUUAUCGGUCUCGGUCUCGUCGCUAGCAUUGGAACUAUGUACGGCACUUUGUACACUUCUCCUGACAACUACGUCGUGAAGUACGGUCUCUGGACAGCUUUCAACCUCACCCAAGCCGCUCUCCUGUCUCCCCUGAUGUUCAUGAGCCCGGCUCUGCUCGCCCGUGCUGGUCUCUACACAGUCGGAAUGAUGGGUUCCAUCGCUUUCGUUGGUGCCACUGCCAAGCAGGAGAAGUACUUGUACCUCGGUGGUCCUCUCCUUGCUGGUGUGACCCUCGUUGCUCUCUCCGGUUUCGCUCCUCUGGUCCUGCCCGCCACCGCCACCCGCACUCUCAUGUGGUCUGAGAAGAUCUGGCUGUACGGCGGUCUGGCUGUCUUCGGUGGUUUCACCCUUUACGACGUCCAGAAGAUUCUCCACCACGCUCGCCUCUCCCAGCGCGGUCUCGUCCGCAAGGAUGUCGUCAACGAGAGCAUCAGCUUGACCCUGGACUUCAUCAACAUCUUCGUUCGCAUGGUGCAGAUCUUGGGCAUGCGCCAGAACCGGAAGUAAAGCCCCGGCUUCUAAUACUCACAACAUCACAUUCCUUGGCUUUUUCCGGAGCCAAUACGAUGACCCCACUUGAAUGCUCACCUCAUCAGCACCUGGAUUCUUUCUGGGACCCGGCUGGAUGAGAAGUUGGAACAAGGUUGAUAUUUCGGUCCUGCUUAAGCGUCCGUUGUAAUUCUAUUUCCUUUUAUGUUUCCCAACAGUCCUUGAUACUGCCUGUAGAUGGAGCAUCUUACUAGGGCACUUUCGGUUUUCCCCACCAUGCUGGUAGACAGCGAUGGUUUCUGCUUGGCAGUCGGUUUCGAGUGCUCAGGAGGGGCUUAGCAACAGAUGUAUGCAUAGCUUUAGUGUUAUCCGCAUACGAGGUGGAAUGAAAUAAUAUCUCCACUCGCCAAC